AACUUCUGCUUCUCAGAAAGAUCGUCACAACUUUCAGAUCUCGGCCACCAUGUCUGUCUUUCUCGCCAUCGUGUUUCUAUCUUUGAACGUGGGAAAAUCUGGAGGGGCCAUCAAACCUGUGGUGACCUUCACACCCAACUGGGGGAAUAUAUUAUAUAAUGACGACGUGACUCUAACAUGUGAUGUGCCGUCUACUGAGGACCCCCGGACCUAUCACUGGUACAGAGAUAAGAGACCAAUACCAGGAGAGCAACAGAGUCUUCGUAUAAAAUAUUCAAGAGAGAAGGACAGUGGAGAUUACCAGUGUCAGACCAUCGGUGGUGAUAUCAGUGAUCCCGUCUUCCUAAAUGUUACGAGAAGUCAUGUCAUCCUGCAGAGACCCCCAUCUGCCAUCUAUGAAGGAGACCCCCUGACUCUGAGAUGUCAUCAUAUAAAUGGUUUUAUUGCAACAAACACAAAAUUCUACAAGGAUGAUCGGGAGAAAAAAUCCUCAGAAUCUGACUCCACAUUCCAUAUUCCUAAUAUAAGGAGGAGUCAGUCUGGACUCUACAAAUGUACUCAACAAAUACAACUUUAUGAUCAUUCAUAUGUGAAGGAACACUCAGAUUUCUCCUUUAUCUCUGUGAAAGAGCUCUUCUCUUCUCCAGAAAUAAAAGUGACCCCGUCCAGGGUAAUAGAAGGAGAUGAGAUGAUGGUGAGAUGUGACACCAGACUGGAUCCUCUCAGAGGCGGCACAGAGCUGCACUUUGCCUUCUACAGAGAUGGAGGUACUGUGCGGGGAUACAAUGUAUAUGAUACAUACAGAGUGCCGUCAUCUCAGCUGGAGGAUUCUGGGAAAUAUACAUGUAAAGUGAGGACGACGUCUGACACUGUGAGGAAGAUGAGUGAUGGGUUCCAUAUCCAGAUACACGGUAAGGAUGUGAAAUGA